CCUUAUAUAUACGCUCCAACUUGUGCAUCGUCCGCCCAAGGCCUCACUACUGUGGUCCAACCGUCCAACAAAGCAUCACCGCAGCCUCCCUUGCUGUUCUGUGUUCUCUGCGAGCGGCAGCAGAGAGCAGGGGCCGCGCGAGGAAGAAGAAUAAUCCUUACCCUAACCGAGCAGAGCCAGCUGGGGCUGGGCUCCUGAGAAUUAAUGACGACGGCGUGGUGGUGGUUCGUCGCCAUGAACGCGGUCGUCGUGGCUAUCGCCUUGCUGUCGUCCUCCCGUGCGCGGCCAUCUCUUGUACAGUCCCCACGCCGCCAGCGCUCCGGGGUCACGCUCACGCGCAGGGCCUCCUCGGCGGUGCUGCAGAGCCUCCUCUCUUUCUCCGUCUUCUCCUUCCCGUCGACAUGCCUGUCGCCGUACCUCCAGCCCGACGCUGCGACCACCGACCGAGAAACAGAAACAGAGGAGCUCACGGUACGGUCAUCACCCAUCAAGCCCUCGGCGUCACCGCGCGCGCUCCAGCUGUCGGCGCCGUCGCCCGCGACGGCUGCAGAUGAGGAGGAGGAAGAAGAGGACCCGAACGCGAUGAGCAUGGACGAGGCUUACGCGUUGGUCCUGGCUUCGCAGCAGCGGCCGGAGAGGGAGAGGGAGGAGGAUGCCAGGAGGUCGGAAGUGGACGCCAAGGCAGAGGAGUUCAUCCGCAGCUUCAAGGAGGAACUGCGGCAGCAGCGGCUCAAGUCCACAUCCAACUAAGCGGCGGUCUGACGGUCUCCUCCCACCGCCGGCUGUUACUAUUUUUUGUACAUAUGCGUUUUUGCUUCGCAUGUGCUCAGGUUUAAUUUGUUCAGUAUUUUAACCUUCUUGUACAAACAAGAUACUGUACAUCGGAACGGGGGACGUACAGGAGGCCACGGGGUGAUUUAGGAUGAGAGUAGGCCGAUCCGACUUUGGGCUUGACCUGGUCUACACCAGUUACCUAUCAUAUCUCAUCUUUUAUUUCAAAUUUUACUUUUUUAAAUAUUAUAUAUAUCUGUGUGUUGUAUUGAG